CCAUCCAAGGGAGUGUCAUUUAAAAGUCGGAGAUAGGGCAAUAGUCACUCACAGCAGAGACGGACAGCGUGCCUGCGUAGGUGUCGAUCUACAUAGUACUUCUCCUCCUCCUUGUUCUUUAUACGAAACGAUCUUUCUCCCCUCCCCUCCCCCCCUCACUCUCUUUCUCUCCGAGACUGGUUCGAAAAUGACCGAGCCUUCCAAAGUUAUCCAUGUUCGCAACGUGGGGCAUGAGAUUUCUGAAAAUGACUUGCUUCAGCUGUUCCAGCCAUUUGGGGUUAUAACGAAGCUUGUUAUGCUUCGUGCUAAAAAUCAGGCUCUCCUUCAAAUGCAAGAUGUUCCUUCAGCCAUCAAUGCUCUUCAAUACUAUACAGAUGUUCAGCCAACUAUAAGGGGAAGGAAUGUUUAUAUUCAAUUCUCAUCGCAUCAAGAACUGACUACAAUGGAUCAAAAUACUCAAGGGCGAGGAGAAGAGCCAAAUCGAAUUCUGUUAAUUACCAUCCAUCACAUGCAAUAUCCUAUUACAGUGGACGUGCUGCAUCAAGUUUUUUCCCCCCAUGGAUUUGUGGAGAAGAUGGUCACAUUUCAGAAGUCAGCUGGUUUUCAAGCCCUUAUUCAAUACCAGUCACGCCAGAGUGCUGUUCAGGCUAGGACUUCUCUUCAGGGGCGCAAUAUCUAUGAUGGCUGCUGUCAGCUGGACAUUCAGUUUUCAAACCUGGAUGAGUUGCAAGUGAACUACAACAAUGACAGCUCAAGGGAUUUCACUAAUCCUAACCUGCCUUCAGAACAGAAAGCCAGAUCUUCCCAACAGCCAUCAUAUGGCGAUGUAGUUGGAUAUCCUCAGAUGCCCAAUGCAGCUGCAAUUGCUGCUGCCUUUGGUGGAGGUUUGCCUCCUGGAAUUAGUGGGACAAAUGAUAGGUGCACAAUUCUUGUCUCCAAUUUAAAUCCUGAUAGAAUAGAUGAGGACAAGCUUUUCAACCUGUUUUCUCUCUAUGGAAACAUAGUGCGGAUUAAGCUUCUUCGCAACAAGCCUGAUCAUGCACUUGUUCAGAUGGGGGAUGGUUUCCAAGCUGAAUUGGCAGUACAUUUUUUGAAGGGUGCCAUGCUUUUUGGAAAGCGAAUGGAGGUCAACUUUUCGAAGCAUCCAAACAUAACUCAAGGUGCUGAUACGCACGAGUACAUGCACUCUAAUCUGAAUCGCUUCAACCGUAAUGCUGCAAAGAACUACCGAUACUGCUGUUCACCAACAAAGAUGAUUCAUCUUUCCACUUUACCUCAGGUCAUCACUGAGGAUGAGAUUGUGAGUCUUGUAGAGGAGCAUGGCACCGUUGUGAACACCAAGCUCUUUGAGAUGAAUGGGAAGAAGCAGGCGCUUGUUCUGUUUGAAACCGAGGAGGAGGCCACAGAAGCCCUCGUGUGCAAGCAUGCUACUUCACUUGCUGGGUCGAUUGUCCGAAUCUCAUUCUCCCAGCUACAGUCCAUUAGAGAAAACCAAUAAAAGAAUAGCAGUGUUAAAGAUUUACUAUGGUAAUAAUAAUUCCUGAGGAUUCAUGCUUCACAAGGAUAUUCACAUGUUGGUGACAGCUCUUACUCUCCUCUCUUGUAACGGUUCAUUGCUUUUUUACUGGUGGAUGAUGCUCCUUCAUUUUUAUUUACUGUCUUCCUCACUCACUUCUGAUGUUUGUACCAAUUAUUUCUUAGGAAUGUUUAUUUAAUUUCAGAGGAUUAGAUUUCUUGUUUUCA